AAGAAAGAAAGAAAGAAAGGAAGGAAGGAAGGGGAAAGUCAGAUUAGUCACAAAGAAGUUUCCCCGCCUGUCUCUCUGUGCACUUAAAGCAGCCUUCUGAAGGCACUGUCUUCACUGCAUCUCUGUCCCUGGGACAGGAGCACAUAGCUCAUUUGCCCCCUACUCUUCCAGACUCCUGCUGUGCUCUUGGCUCCUUCCGCAACAGUUGCUGGCAGUGCAGCUGAGAUGGAAGCACAGACAAAUGUAGAGCCAAGAAACCAAACCCAGAUGGAUCAGGAAAGGAAGCCUGCAGAGAAUGAGUGGAAGAGCUGGCAAAGAGGGCAGGUUAGGAACACACUGCACCUUGUGUCUGCGACUGCUCAGUGGAUUUUACUGCUUGCCUGCUUGAUUUACCUUGCUAUAGGUUCUCUGCAACCCUCAAAGCCUUGGAGUCACCUUCACUUGGAAAAACUGCCGUGGACCCACAUCCGGUACACAGGAGAAAGCAUCAAAGGAGUAGCCAUGAAUUUCACUACUCAUGUAGGCACUAUUCAGAUCAAAAAUGGUUCCAUCAUGAUCAGCUGUGAUGGCCUCUACUUAGUGUCCUUGAAGGGCUUUAUCUUUUUUGCUGACUUGGAAGAGGGGGACUUGCGGAAGCUGACACUGCAGAAGACAGGCAAGAAAACCAGCAGGCCCCUCUGGGAGCAAACGGUACAGAAAAGGGACAAUGAAGUAAAUCUCACCACGGUGAUCUUCUUGUUUGAGGAAGAUUACAUCACCCUGUGGACCAACUCCAGCGCCACCAUCAGGGAUUUGUCGUUUAGCCUUGUGUUACAAAGUCCCUUCAAUUGCUCUCAUCUUCGGCCAUAGAAGAUGAGAAGAUACGAAAUUUAACAUGUAAAGUACAGCGUUUCCUACCAAUCUGUUUGCCUGUGGGAGGCUUGGUCUCACUGGCUCUACUUGUACAGGCAGACAGCUCUAGCCUCCCUCAUUAGGGCUGCAGAAAGCCUCAGCUGCAGU